AUGUUGGGCUUCAAACUGGUCAGUAACCUUGGACUCUAUUUGGGCGUCCCUUUGCUCCACGGUAGAUCAACGAACCGUGUGGUGUUAUCGCAAGCCGUGCUCAGUGCCAUCCCUUAUUAUACGAUACAAUCAGCCAGGUUGCCUACCGCUAUUUGUGAAGGGCUGGAGAAGCGAUGUCGGCGCUUUGUCUGGGGUGGCUCAGGCGGUGCCCGGAAGCUAAGCCUUGUUAAAUGGGAUGAAGUUUGUCGGGCCCGCAGGGAUGGGGGGUUGGGAUUGAAACGACAACGACUGAUGAAUGAUGCCUUGUUGAUGAAGUUGGGCUGGAAAUUUCUCACGGACCAUAAUGCACUAUGGAUUCAAGUUUGGAAAGCCAAGUAUGGUGCCAACCCUUUUUCUAUUAAUCAUGGCCGGUGUUCAGCAGUCUUUCAAGCUGUGAAGAAAGUAUGGAGUCAUGUCGUUAGCGGUGCUCGGUGGGCCGUAUGUAAUGGCCGCGCGACAAGGUUCUGGACAGAUCGUUGGCUUCUGUCGGGUACAGUUUUAUUAGAUAUCGCUGUUAGCGGGGUUCCCGAGCAGCGCCGCCGAAGAGUAGAGAGCCGGACCACCGCACGUGAAGCCACCUCCGGCUCGAUGCCUUCUUCGGCUUCAUCGUUGCACUUGAGCCGUUUGCGGAGCAGAUGA